UCCCUCACCACGCUGGAGCUGAGCCGCUGCGAAAUCCCCGCCGCCUGGUUCUGCGCCUCCUCCCCGGGGGGAACCCUGCCCCGGCUGCAGCACCUCGUCAUCCGCGACGUCCCUGCCUUUUCCGAUCGCCACCUGAUGAACGUCUCCUCCCGCAGCCGCCUGAAGACGCUGAGCCUCUCCGGCACCUACCGCCUCACGGAUACGGGCAUUCAGAGAGCCGCUCCCUUCCUGGAGCACCUGGAUCACCUCGCGCUGUGCCACUGCGCCGUCGGCGACCCCGCCGCCGCCUUCCUCGGGCGCCACCUGAAACGCCUCCGCUCCCUGGAAAUCAGCCGCGCUCCCUCCCUGACGAGCACGGGUCUGGCUUCUCUGGCGGCUCUGCAGCGCCUGGAGACGCUGCGCCUUGACCUCGGCGAGAAGAUUUCUCCCGGGGCCGUUCUGGCUUUGUGCCGAGCGCUGCCCCGGCUGAGGAACCUCGGGUUAAGCGGCGCUUCCGGCGCGGAUGAGGCCAUCGAUGAAAUUCGGGCGAGUUUGCCCCACUGUUGCUUUUCACGCUCUCCUUGA